CUGGGCGACGAUGCCUCCCGCCUCGCGGCAGGGGCGGCGCCCUGAGCUGCCGCCUCCCUCCUCCUCCUCCUCCUCCUCCUCCUCCUGCUGACUAUGGCGGGCAGCUUGCGGCAGGUCGCUCUGGUGGGGACGGCGGUUGCUGUCGCCGGCGGGGUCGCCUACGCGGUGUGGAGGAGCUAUUUCCCCUCCGAAGCUGCUCAGGGCCCCGAGGAGGAGGAGCAGCAGCAGCAGCCCUUACUCAGCGCUCAAGAAAGGGCUGCCCUGGGCUGCGCAAGGGCCCCCGAGAGCCAGGAUGUACCACCAAGUAAGCAAAUCUUGGUUCUGGGUUUGGAUGGAGCUGGAAAAACCAGUGUGCUGCACUCACUAGCAACUAACCAAGUGAAGCGCAGCACAGCUCCCACGGAGGGCUUCAAUGCAGUGUGUGUCAGCACAGAAGAAAUGAAGAUGGAAUUCCUAGAAAUUGGAGGCAGUGAGUCUUUGCGGGACUAUUGGAAGAAGUACUUGCCAAGAAUCCUGCUACUAAUCUAUGUUGUGGAUUCAGCAGAUCAUAAACGCUUGCCUGUUGCAAAGAAGCUUCUGCAUCAGUUGGUCCAGAGUAACUCCACCUUACCUCUUAUGAUUCUAGCCAAUAAGCAGGAUAUUGAAGGUGCAUACUGUAUCACAGACAUUCAUGAUGCUUUGGCAUUAUCUGAAAUUGGAGACGAGAGAAAGAUGUUCCUGAUCGGUACUCAUGUGGCAGAAGAUGGCUUAGAGAUCUCUUCCAGCUUGAAAGACACACGGGAACUGAUUGCACAGCUGGUGUCAGAAGUUGUGUGAUGGAAACUGGAAUAGGGUACCAUGUUAGGACCUAGAGUAUUCCUGUCUUGCCAGCUUGCAGCCAUAAAUAGAGCUAUUUUAAAUUCAGAUCUUAUGGUGGUGAUGGGGGUGGUGGUGAUUCCUUGGGUAUGGAAUUGCAAUGAAGAUGAUUUCAAAGUCAUGAGGAACCUUGUGGUUUAAGUUGUAAAAAUAGAGUAUGUGUGUAUUUGAAAAACCACCCUGUUUUAAACACGUGGAAAGAAAAUGGGAUUAUUGGACACUCCCAAGUUAAGACGCCAAAUACUGUAUAGACAACUGCUGUUGCCAUCAGUUGAGGCUCUGUUGUGUGGUGGUUUAGACUGAAUGAGAGGCUGACAUGGAAAAGCAGCACAAAUUUACAUAGGAAGGUGAUUUUGCUCAGAAUGCAGAUCUACGAUCCAAAGUUGUGUGUACCCUAACACAGGGAGGCACUGAGCUUCAUGUUUCUCAAGAACUUCAUCCAUGUUUUCUCUUAGGCUCACUUUCUUAAUCAGAAGGAUUUUUAAAAAAAUCAGUGUAAGAGAUUUUCCUGUUCUUUUGAUUCUGCAACACUUUUCCUAUUCUUUUUCUGCUUUCUGAUACGUAGAUUGAGAGUAUUAUAGCCUCCUGUUUUCUUUGCCAUGAUGAAGGGAGUGAGAGAGAGAGGGAGAUCCCACAACCCCUUCCUGAUCUCUCCGCAGAAUAAUCCCAGGGAGAAACAAUAUCUUGACAGAACCACUGCCCUUAACCCUUAGUACUUUCCUGCUUUGUUAACUAGUAGUACUGGGAGAAAUCUAGAUAAAGACUUGAUGAAUUAUUGGGCUUUUCUUGUAGUGUACUUUAGUGUGGCCCUUUUGGCCAGUUGAUCUGAGUGGAGCUGGUCAGUUAAUUAGCUGACUGGCCAUUGCACUGAUAAACAGAAGGGAUGGCAUUCUUGCUUUUUGAUUGAGACUCAGGGGAGGACUUUUUACAAGGAUUUCUAGUUCUUUGCCAGCUCUGUGGCAAGAGGACAGGAAGAGCCAUUUCAGGGAGAUAGGGCAAAGACAGUGGCAAAGGCAUAUUUUUUCCUCUGUUGAGAGCUCAAGGGGAUGAGAAUGGAGGAAGCAGAAUUGUCAGCCAAGCUUGACCUCUCACUUUAUUCUGGGGACGUCAUGCCACUUAUUUACUAAUCAAGGCUCAAUGAACUUUUGUUUGAAAUCUUGGAUCUGCUGCCAUCACAUACAAUUUCACCCUGAAAAUGGUAGCUUCUCCCUCAAAGGUCCAAAACAGUGUUAUCAGGUGCCAGCAUUAGUAAAAGAAAAUUCAUGUCUGCCUCCCCCUCCCCCUGCUUAAUACGUUUCUCAGGUGAUGUUAAUGCAGACCAACCUGUAUUGACAGUGACAAGAUAAGGAAAACUACUUAAACACUGUACUUCUUAUUACACUGAAGGAAAUACUGUGUGUACAUAUAUCCCUAUUGCUAUAUAUACACCUUUCAAUGUUUUUGUUAACUGUAGAAAUUGUACAAAUGUUUUCUAGCAACGUCUCCCCUCCAGUUGUAUGCUGAAACACUUCCGUUAUAUAAAGACAGAAUAUUUUUAUUCUA